GUGAAAUCGAGAUUCCGCCGAUACAACUUGCAGCAUUUGUCGUUUGAGGUGUCAGGUUGUGUCGGAUCUACAAACGGUAGUCUCUUAUAAUAACAGUGAGAACUAACUUCGACAGCGUAAAACUCCUCGCAAAAUAUGGCACGUAGAUACGACACUCGUACCACGAUCUUCUCGCCGGAAGGCAGACUCUAUCAGGUCGAGUAUGCUAUGGAAGCUAUCAGUCACGCUGGUACCUGCUUGGGGAUACUAGCGAACGACGGUAUUCUGUUAGCGGCUGAGAAGCGCAACACCAACAAGCUGUUGGACGAGGUGUUCUUCUCAGAGAAGAUUUACAAGCUGAACGACGACAUAGUCUGCUCCGUGGCCGGCAUCACCUCGGAUGCCAAUGUCUUGACAAACGAAUUGCGCCUCAUCGCGCAGAGAUAUCUGCUCCAAUACGGCGAGGCCAUACCCUGUGAACAGCUCGUCUCGUGGUUGUGUGACGUUAAACAGGCGUACACCCAGUACGGUGGAAAGAGACCCUUCGGCGUCUCCAUUCUGUACAUGGGGUGGGACAAGUACUACGGCUACCAGUUGUACCAGUCGGAUCCCAGUGGAAACUACGGUGGCUGGAAGGCGACGUGUAUCGGCAACAAUUCGGCAGCGGCAGUAUCGUCCUUGAAACAAGAAUAUAAGGAAGGGGAAACUACGUUGAAGGACGCAAUGGUGCUUGCCAUCAAAGUGCUCUCGAAAACGUUAGACAUGAACAAGCUGUCCGCUGAGAAGGUGGAAAUGGCGACGCUGACGCGCGAGAACGGCAAAACGAAGACGAGGAUACUGCCAGCGAGUGAGGUGGACGCCUUAAUCGCGGAACACGACCGGCUAGAAGCAUUGGCGGAACAAGCGAAGAAAGAGAAACAGAAGUCGUAGAAUUUUAUAUUAGAUAUAAGAGCGAGAGGGAAAAGUGUAUGUACACUGCAGUGGCGAAGUUUAAUAUAUCAAGAAGGAAUUCGAUUUUGCAACUUACAUUUUUGCAUUGUGUAUUGUAAAUUAUCCCCCUUGUCACGGAGUUAAUUCGCAUUAACGAUAGUACCGUGACUAGAAAACGAUAUAAUUAACAAAUUAAAUGUUUUUCGAUAUAUAUGUAA